AAACGAACCAAAAAAUAACUCAUUUCAACUGCUGACUGGAAUCGUUUGAAGUACUACUGGAAUUCUAUUAUAUGAAAUAGUAGUAUAUCCUGGGGUAACAAUAGAGCGCUUCCAUGGUUGCUGAACCCACAGUAAAUUGAACAGUAACCGCUGUGGUUUAUUCGUCUGAUGGCGGACUCUACUGAACUACCAGUACUGGAGCAUGAUGGUAAUGAAGAAAACCAAUCCMUGUCAAUCAAAAAGACUUCCAAGAAAAGAAAAAGAACAAGGAUCCAGCAAACCAUAUUUGCACGAUUGUCAUCAGUUGUCCAUCCCUUCAAUGCUGAAGAAACAACUACUUGCAAAUACAACGCAACUUCACAAUGGCAUCGGAACUGGAUGACGAUCAGAAUCCUCACUGUUUCCUUAAUAUUCGUCAUCGUCUUGUUUGCUUUUAUUUCCAUUGACGUCAAUACUGCUUUAACUUCGAUGGAGAGAGAAAAAACUGUCCAAAGCGCUGUUAAGAUAAGCAUUAAAAUAGCAGACGUGUUGCACGCUUUGCAAGUGGAAAGAGGAAUGACGGUACUUAGUAUCAGUUCAUCGCAGCUUGAGCAGGUCAUCAAAAAACUGGAGUUAUCCCGCCAAAAUACUACUGUAGCUAUCCAAAACAUACCUGAAUGGCCUAAAGUUCUCUCUGACAUCUUCCAAUCCAAAGACGACUUCAUCCAACUGAUUGACAGGCACAGAAAGGAAAUCGAAUAUGGCGGAAGCAACUCCACAGUGAAAAAAGAAAUCGAGUUUUACACCAGUAUCAUUCAGACGGUCCUAGACGGGCUAUUCCGGACACUAAAGGAGAAUUAUCCCCGAGACUAUAGCUUUGAUCUUCUUGGUUAUUACAUCUUCCUCGUAGCAAAAGAUAGUUUUGGUAUAGAGAGAGCAUUGGGCGCGUCUUUCUUUUCUCUUGGUUACUUCAACGAUACCAAUGACCUAUUAUGGUAUGCGGAAAAGAACUAUAUAGGGAAAAGCUUCCUCGCCAAAAGUUUGAACUUGGUGCCUCAUCUUAAUACUGUCUACAACUCUAAACUAAAGAAAMGAGAGGACGAUGUACUUGGAAAGAUUGACAUACAACGGCAAUACAUCUUAAAAAAUGAACGAAGAACAAAAGAUGGGUCGUCGGGAUCAGACUGGUUCUCAUUGAUGUCCAUCUAUCUUGAUGUUUUAUUAGAAGUACAGAAAGAUGUAGGUGAACACAUCACAUACCUUUUGAAACGCCUUGUCGAGGAAAARGAAAAAGAAGUCCUCAUAGCCGCCUUGAUCCUUGUUGCAGUAAUGGUGUUAACUCCUUUAAUGGUGAUUGCUGUAGUACGCAUGACAAGCACCAUUCAAAAAUACGCAGCCAAAUUAGAAUCCACAACUAAGAACUUAAUUGAAGAACAGAAACGAAYAGACAGCGUGUUGUCCGCCAUGUUUCCAGAGUCCGUCGCUGAAACUUUGAAGAAAGGUGAAAAGGUGGACGCGGAGUACUUUGAUAGCGUUACCGUCUGUUUCAUUGACAUCGUUAACUUUACAAACAUCUGUUCGCUGAUUUCACCGAUGGAAGUCACAUCAAUGUUGAACGCCAUAUACAGUGCAUUUGAUGACACCAUCGACACGUAUGAUGUGUACAAAGUGGAGACGAUUGGAGAUGCAUACAUGGUCGUGUCUGGUCUGCCAAUCAAAAACGGUGUAAAACAUGUCGAUCAGAUUUGUCGAAUGGCCUUUGACUUGUUGCAUGUGACGUAUAAUUUUGAGCUGGUGGAAGUUCCUGGUGAGAUGCUUCUCAUCCGUGUUGGCAUACAUACAGGUCCUUGCGUCUCUGGCAUUGUGGGUAAUAAGAUGCCCAGGUACUGUCUGUUUGGUGACACAAUCAACACUGCUUCAAGGAUGCAAACUACAGGGCUACCUCAGAAAAUUCAUGUCAGCAAUGGAACAAAGGAGAAACUUGUCAAUUUCCAGGAUUCAUAUGAAACCGAGUUCCGUGGCUACCUUGAAGUUAAGGGUAAAGGAAAGAUGAGGACAUACUGGCUUCGCCAAAUCGAUGCUYUUCCGUCCAUUCUUUGAAGAAGUCACUACUAAGUUAAGCGACACGAAUCAACAAUGAGAGCUACUGAUAUACUGUCCUAUUAAUUAAAUAUCUGUGUACAACAAAAUAAUAUAAUAUUAUUUAUCAAA